GCGUCAAAAAGCAACGUCGCGGAUGACUUCUCUUAACAUACUCACUAAAGCGGGCCGUAUACAGCAGUGGUUGUAGCAUUCAGUUAAUUUUGCUUUCUCUUUAUGUCGUUUUACACUUAUUGAGCAGACAUGCUCACAGUUAAUGUUUUUUUUUAAAGCAGAAAGCUGAAGUGACCGCAAUUUUUACGGAGGACGCUGUAAUUUCCCAUCUUCUUCGUAGUCCCUGAACACGCAGAGAAGAGAAGACUGCUCAGACUCGACUGCGUAAAGAUGCAAUUGGCUCUAAGUAAAACGUUUGGCCAGAAGCCAGUUAAAUUUCAGUUAGAACAAGAUGGGGACUUUUACAUGGUUGGGUCGGAGGUGGGAAACUAUCUGCGUAUGUUCAGAGGCUCUCUGUAUAAAAGAUAUCCGUCUUUAUGGAGGAGGCUGGCCUCGGUGGAGGAGAGGAAGAAAAUUGUAGCAUCGUCACAUGCCACUAGCGUCACUCUGCUGAAGGCGUCAGAGUGUGAAGAGAUCUUCGAGGGUAAUGAUGAGAAAUACAAGGCGGUGUCCAUCAGCACAGAGCCCCCAGCUUACCUCAGGGAGCAGAAAGCAAAGAGGAGCAGCCAGUGGGUCCCCACGCUGCCCAACAGCUCUCACCAUCUAGACGCUGUGCCUUGCUCCACCACCAUCAACCGCAACCGAAUGGGCCGUGACAAGAAAAGGACCUUCCCCCUGUGCUUCGAUGACCACGACCCUGCAGUGAUCCAUGAGAACGCAGCCCAGGUAGAGGCUCUGGUUCCCAUCCGUCUAGACAUGGAGAUAGACGGACAGAAACUGCGAGAUGCCUUCACCUGGAACAUGAAUGAGAAACUGAUGACCCCAGAGAUGUUUGCAGAGAUUUUAUGUGAUGACCUGGACCUGAAUCCUCUGGCCUUUGUCCCCGCCAUUGCCUCAGCCAUUCGCCAGCAGAUUGAGUCCUACCCCACUGACAGCAUACUAGAGGAGCAGGCAGACCAGAGAGUCAUCAUCAAGCUGAACAUCCACGUGGGGAACAUUUCUCUGGUGGACCAGUUUGAGUGGGACAUGUCAGAGAGGGAGAACUCGCCGGAGUCAUUUGCACUGAAGCUGUGCUCUGAGCUGGGUCUGGGAGGAGAGUUUGUCACCACUAUCGCCUACAGCAUUCGUGGUCAGCUAAGCUGGCACCAGAGGACCUACGCCUUCAGUGAGAACCCGCUCCCCACAGUAGAGAUUGCCAUCCGCAACACAGGCGAUGCAGACCAGUGGUGCCCCCUACUUGAGACACUCACAGACGCUGAAAUGGAGAAGAAGAUUAGAGACCAGGACAGGAACACAAGGCGUAUGAGACGACUAGCCAACACUGCGCCGUCCUGGUAGAAAGAGACACGAAGCUGCAUCAGACGGUGUGUCCUCUGGAGACUCCUGUUACUCGGAAGCGAUCAAACACACUCACAGGUCAUUCUCAAAGCAUUGAUGGAGCACCUGGAUGUUCCUGUGAGCACAAAUGCACAUGUGGUCAGUCUCCACGUCCACCUCACCGACUGAAACCAACACACACACACACACACACACACACAUCCAGGCAUUCCUCUGCACACAGGUCAUCAUGUUUCACUCUGACUGUAGCACAUCAGUCAAGGAUAUCUAACCUAACAUCACUGUUAGAUAGUGUUUGAUUGUCUCAUGUCUGUUACACACACACCAACGUGCAACAUUCACAUCACACGUCUCAGCUCAAAAUACUUCCAUUACAGUACAGUGACUGACUUUAAUGUGUCUAUACGAGUGGUGAAUGACACCAUUAGUUUGUGCUGUUACAUCAAUCUGGACUGGAUUUAUAUUACAUUAACUCUUCUGCAGACCAGUUCUGCUGCUUUCUGUCUACCAUGGUCAAAAUUCCGAUGGAAUCAAGAUGUAGCAGUAGCUCUGUGUCCCAGGACUGACAGAGCUCUAUAAAUGAGGUCAGUCAUAUUGACACCUGUGCUUUUCCCACUGUGACAGGUCAAAGGCACUAGUUCCACUUGUCAUUUCCAGAUAAAAUCCAGAUGAAAUUUCAUUUACACUCAGCCACAUAUAUGCAGCUCUGUUGGUCAGAUCACAAAUCUGUGAUUUCGCUGCUGUUACUGUUAAUUAAUGGGAAUGAUCAUUUUUGCAUCACAAUUUUUAAUUUACACUGCAAAACCUCCCUUUAUACAUUAAUUAAAAUAGUUACAUUGGUUGGGGUCUUUACCAAACAAACAUGUUUUCUUACAUCUGUAGACCAAGACCUGUAGCCCAGGCUAUCUCUGCAUUCUUUAUCAUAAUGCUGUUUGUCAAACAGUUUACCUUUGUCCAAAAAUUACAUAUUGGACACCAUCUUGCAAUUUCCAUAAUAUUUUGAUCAAUUGUGCAGCCCUAACAAGGUCAGAAGAGAUAGACCGUGUAUGUCAGACAGACAGUGAGUGGAUAUUUCCACUGUAAAUAUUAUGUAUGACUCUUGGAGAGAUGGAUGUAUUUAGACCAUUUUGACAUCUGGUUAGAAUGCGUCUUUGAUAUGUUUACACUAACAUGAAGUGACUCUCUGUAAAUGUGGUCAAAGUGUCUGUUGGGAAGAAGGUCUCUUAGGUCAGUGGUUGGGAUUACUGUGGCAGGGUGUCCUGUAGAUCUGUCAUUUUCUAAGCAAAACAAUGUGUCAAACUUUUUUUGUUCCAGCUUUUCAAAUGAGCAGAUGAGCUCGUCUGAUCGGUACAGUAAAUAUCUUUGGGAUUUGAUACUGAUCUGGCAAAAUGGGCUCUAGGAAGUUAUGAUGGGCUUUUUUUCACUAUUUUUUCAUAUUUUAUAGACUACAGUUCAAACUGGCCUUUGACAUCAAACCUUUGUUGGUGGACGAUACCCCUUAAAAUAAUACAUAAUGCCCCUCUGUGUAGGGGUUCUGACUUAAGUGGCUGAUAGUGAGAGGACCAAAAAAAACCCAGUUCUCAUUGGGAUGGUGUUAAUCGGUAAACAAACUUGUCUACAAACAAAAACUCUUCUGCUAUCAGUUGAAAAAUGCAGUAAUCACAUUCAAAUCCUUCAUAUAGAUAUUACUGAGCCACAUUCAAGUGUUUUGCCUACUUCUAUAUACUGUGGGUGAUGUUAGUGUUUGUACCUGACUGAAAUGACCAGUGUGCAUGUGUGAAAUCAAACUACCCCCUGGUAAUGUUGCUGCUGUCCCGACAGCUCUUCAGACAGCGGCCAGUGGCUGCAGCCAAUCAGAGAGUUAGAUUUUAGCACGCAGACUCUGCAUUCUGAUCUUGGUUACGGAUUCUGAUCAGCUGUGUGCACCAGUGUUCAUCUGCAUGCUAUAACAUAGGUAGUUCAUCCUGUAACCUGUGCAUGAGGGGCUAAUGUGUCCCACUGUUCCUUCUGUUUGCACUGUGCCUCACAUUGCAGCAGUGUCAGCAGACUGCAGCCUCUGUUUUACUGGCAGUGUUGUUGAAAAAAAUCAAGCUGACAAGAACCAAUGGUGUCUUUUUAAAGUGAUUUUCAACUUGAACAUACUCCAGAGAAUGAUGUUAACGUAUGUACUGUUGCUUCUUGUUCUCUUCUUUUGUAAUAUUGCUUUACCUUUAUAGUGGACUCGUUUUUUAUAUGAAAAAUAACAAUACAGAAAACUUGUUGGAAA